CUCAGGCUUUACAAUAUUCAGAGUGCCAUUGCCUUUGCUGAGACAGUAAAGGCGGGGGUAUACAUUCUUAGAUUUUAAGAGGAUGAUUAUGUUGAAAAGUCUGGUUCGUGCUCUGAUAAUCCUGCUUCUAAUUCUAGUCUGUAGUUCGUAUGCAGAGCAGUCAAAUGGGAAUAGCACUAAUUUUUCCUUUGCAUACUUCAGCCGGAACAACAGCCGGCAGCUGAUAUAUAUGGGGAACGCUUCCUUUUCGCCUGCCGAUGGUCAUAUCGAUCUCACACCAGAUCCAUACGGCACAAUGAACAUUUCUUCAAACGAAACGGCUACAACUAUGGCAUUGCAGAACUGCAUCGGAAGGGUUCUGUACCGCCAGCAGCUUACCAUGUGGCCGGCGAGUUUCACUACCGUCUUCACCAUCUUUGUGAAAAACAUCACAACCAACGGCACGGGUACGCAAAAGAAUUAUAAUGGCGACGGUAUUGCCUUCGUCAUAGUUCCGAAUAACAAAAGUUUUUUAGCAAAGAGCUAUGGGGGAUUCCUCGGCCUCUUCGACCCCUCCACAAACGGAAACUCGACCAGGCAGCUAGGCAUCGAGUUCGACACAUUUCAGAAUGAAUUCGAUCCGGACAACAAUCAUGUGGGCAUCGACAUCCAGGGCAUCAAAUCCAACGUAACAGCCAACAUGGAAAACCACGGGAUGGAUAUCAAGGCCGGGCGAGCUAUACAAGUGCGGGUCGACUACGAUGGGUGGGCUAAAUCCCUGCAAAUCUAUGCACGCUAUGCAAACAAUACUUCAGGCUAUGCGAGCAUUCUGAACCACACGCUGGAGCUCGAGAACACUGUUCCAAGAUCGGCGUAUGUGGGAUUUUCUGCGGCAACAGGGAAUUCAUACGAGAUACAUAGAAUUCUCGACUGGAAUUUCAGUUCCGUGAUGCUACCGGAGUCUUCUCUGAAUUUUCCUCCGGUGGGAACGGGAACGCCCGGAGGAUUGCGCCGCUGGGUCAAAAUCGGCAUCUUGAUGGGCUCCAUUGCAGUCGGAUUAGUUGUGGUGGGAUUAGUCGGGUUCGUGGUUUGGAGAAUGAGAAAGAAAAAGCAGCCUACUUUAACUCUUGGCCGAGGAAGCUUCAGCGGGGAACUGGCAAUUAUGCAAAACGCGCCUCACCGGUACUCCUACAAGCAACUUGUAGCCGCCACCGACAAUUUCAGCGAAGCGGAACUUUUGGGAACCGGCGGGUUCGGGAGCGUCUACAGAGGAAACCUUAACGCCGGACGCAACGAACAGGUAAAUUUGGUGGCGGUGAAGAAAGUCUCCGCCGGUUCAAGACAGGGGGAAAGGGAGUUUAUCUCAGAAAUAAUCAGCAUCGGUCGCCUACGCCACCGGCACCUGGUGAAGCUUCACGGGUGGUGCCACGAGCGCGAUGAGCUUCUCCUGGUCUAUGAAUACAUGCCCAACGGAAGCCUGGACAAAUUUCUCUAUGACAGAACUGGGGAAACAACCUUGAAUUGGCCACGGCGCCACAGGAUUUUGUGCGGCCUUGCCUCGGCUCUACUGUACCUGCACGAAGAAUGGGAGCAGAGGGUCGUUCACCGGGACGUGAAGCCCAGCAAUGUGAUGCUCGACGGCGAAUUCAACGCCCGAUUGGGAGACUUCGGGCUGGCCCGGCUUGUCGAGCACGACGAUUCUAAUCCGGCUGUGACGACCAGGUUGGCGGGUACACCCGGGUACAUGGCACCCGAGUGCAGCUACACUGGCAAGGCCACCGCAGAGUCCGAUGUGUUCAGUUUUGGGAUUGUUCUGUUGGAAGUGGCCACGGGUAGGCGCGUCGUGGAGCGGGGGAUUGUAUUGGCUGAACGUAAUUUGGCGGAGUGGGUUUGGGGGCUUUAUAGCCAGGAUAGACUUUUGCAGUGUGUGGAUCCCAAGUUGGAAGGGUCUGAUUAUGAUGAAGAGCAGAUACGAAGGGUGUUGAUCUUGGGGCUCGCAUGCUCGCAUCCCGAUCCACAGUUACGCCCUACCGUCAGGCAAGCAAUUCAAGUGCUUAUAAACCCUAGUGAAGAGCUGCCGCAGCUGCCUUCCACCAGGCCAAUGGCAAUCUACGUUGUCUUGCCACCGGCAGGAGCAGGGUUUUCUUUGUCCACCUCGUCUUCGAUUAUGGGUGGAGGUGCCGCAUCGUCUAGUCUAAUGGCCGAAACUAGCGUAGGAUCCAUUACUACUUCGAUAACUAAGGGUAGGUAGAUAUGCACGGUCGCCUUACUAUACUGGUUUCCUUUACUUUCCUCUUUUCCUAAUCAUGUCGGUUUAUGCUGAACAUGCAUCUUAGCUUCCUUCUCAAACAUAUGUAUCUCAGGAUUCAGUAAUUUUAAUAUGUAAAUCUUAUGAACAGUGAGCAAUUCAUAAAAAUUCUAAAAAUUCACUUUUAAAGAAGCAGUCACAAUUUUAGUCUCACGUUAAAUGAUGUUUUUAUA